GUUUAUCGAAAUUCAUUCUAUUAUGAUAUGUUCGUAAUUCUCUAAAGUUUUCUUAUGUUUUAACUGCUUUCCGUAAAGCACUAGAAUAAAUAACGGUUGUUAUUUCUCCAAGCAGUAUUAUUCACUUCACUGGAAAGGAAAUCAUGGGAAAAAAACAAGCCAAUCUAGGAGGAUCUCGAUCGACUCUUUUAUGGAACAAGAAAGUCCCAAAUUCAGAACUUGAAAAAUUCAAAAAAGUUGUUGAAAAGAAAUAUGAUCUACAUUUUGAUUCUUACUGGGAUCUCCAUAAAUGGUCUAUAGAGAAUUACGCCAGUUUCUGGGAAGAAAUAUGGAAUUACUUCGGAGUUAUUGUAUCCAAACCUUACGAUAAGGUUGGGGUGAAAACUGGUGAUGGAUUUCUGGAUUACGACUGGUUCAGAGGCGCGGAGUUUAACCUUGCAGAAAAUCUCAUGCGAAUAAGAGAUGACAGAAUUGCUCUCAUUUGUCUCGAUGAGACUGGUCACGAAGAAAAAGUCACUUAUGCUCAGGUAUUCGAAGAGGCCAAGCAGUAUGCUGCAGCGUUCAGAAAACAUGGCUUGAAGAAAGGAGACGCGGUGGCUUGUUACAUGUCAAAUAGAAAAGAAGCGGUUUUUGCAAUGUUGGCAACAACGAGCAUUGGAGCUAUUUGGAGUGGACCCCAGCCUUACAUUGGAGCCCGUAUUGCAUCAAAUAUUAUUGGAAAAAUAGAACCAAAAUUCUUGAUCGCAGUGGACCAUCAUCAAGACAAUGGAGUGGAUUAUAAUAUUAUUGAAAAUCUACCCGUUAUAGUGAAGAGUUGUCCUACUUUACAGAAGAUUAUUAUCAUUCCUUCUAAGGUGGAAACGAAAAUCGAUGGCAUUUCACAUAUCGAAAAAAGUAUCUUUCUCGAGGACUUUUUGCGAAGUGGACGAAAUCCGGAUGGUAGCAUUCCAGACAUAAUAUUUGAGCAACUUUCUUAUAACCAUCCAGCCUUCCUAAACUUUACCUCUGGGACUGUAGGCCUUCCGAAAGGGGUAGUUCAUUCAGCAGGGACGCUAAUAAAUCAUUUCGAAAACAUUACUUUUGACUACAACUUGAAAGCUGGAGACGUUGUUAUUUCCUGGUGCCCGAUGGGAUGGAGCGUUUGGGAGUGCUUCAUGCCAAGCCUGGCACUAGGCAUUACAAUCCUUUUAUACUGUGGGAGCCUUUUUUGGAUAAGAGAUGGAAUCAACAUAUGGGAUUUACUUGCCAAAUACAAAGUCAAUUACUGCUCCUUUUUACCCAGCAUGCUGGAUAAAUUAGAAAAUUUUGGAGUAGUACCAAGUCCAAACUCUAAUUUAGAAAAUCUGAGAAUGAUACUCAUAGGUGGAAGUCCGGUCAAAGUUCAAAAUAUCAAGUUCGUCCAAAGCAUAGUUGGAAAAAAUACUUUCAUCGGUAUUUUAUAUGGAGCGACAGAAAGAUUCGGUCGCUUCACUGGGGUUGACUUGAAUUUACCUGCCUAUGCUGGAGAAAUCCAAGUGCCUGCUUUGGGGAUGGAUCUCCGUAUUGUUGAUGAAACAGGUCAGCCUUUAAUUGGUGAGAAGGGUGAAAUAAUAUUUUCGCCACCAUGCCCAGGUUUUCCUGUCUGCUUGUGGAAGGAUAUUGAUCACACUCUAAUAAAGGAGAUAUAUCUCUCUAAAUAUCCAGGCUAUUGGUGCCAACAUGAUAUAGGCUGGAUUAAUCCAGAAACGAAGGGACUCAUAAUAACUGGAAGAAGUGAUGAUACUUUGAUUCAAAAUGGUGAUCGUUUUGCAGCUGCAGAUGUUUAUUUUGCCAUCCAUGGAAUGGAAGAAAUCAUGGACUACAUAUGUGUCAAUCAAAGUAGGAAAGAUGGUGAGUGCAGAGCGGUACUCUUCGUCAAGCUGAAACCUGGUUAUACAUUCACUCCUGAGCUUAGAAGGAAGAUCGCUCGUACUAUCGACAAGGAAUUAUGGGAAGACUGCGUGCCUCAGAUAAUUUUAGAAGUGCCAGACAUCCCCUACAGCGUGAAUAAUAAACGAUUAGAAAGUGUUGUUCGAAAGAUUGUGGCAAACAACGAAAUUCCUCAGAUGAACAACGUCCGAAAUCCAGAGUGUUUAAAAUAUUUUUGUAACAUACCAGAUCUGCUGAAUUACGAUAUCUGAGAAAAUUCUGCUCUGCUUUUUUAUCCUCUCAUUUAAUCUAUACCGUUGUAUUUUGUAGGUUUUUAAAGGAAAGCUGAACAUUAAGUAAGUUUCGGCUCAUAUAUGCAAGGAUAUGAAAUAUAUGCUUAAGUACUUUUAUGAAGUGCAUAGAAGGUUUUCUGAAAUAUAUUUUCCACCUUCUUGUCAGCAAAACUUAUGUGCAUCAUUUUUACAAAAUAAUGCUUUUUUUAUUAAAAAAAUAAACAAAUAUUACCUAUAUAUGCA